UGGUGGCAUUGAAAUGGUUAAACUGGUGGAGUUGACUCGCUUCGCCUUCUGUCUUCUCGAGUUGAUUUGGGGGGAAAACAGCGGCAACACGGAGAUGCUGAGCGGAGGGUUUUUCUAAUCGCCCAUCGGUGUUCAAUGACAUGAGCAGAUUUGCUAAAACACCAAAUAAUGGCAGGGAACCUCAGCUGCUCCGAGUCUCUAGAUACCCCUGUCGCAUAGAAAAGCCGCAUUGUUGAGCAAAAUCCUUGUAACCGUGAGCAGCAAUAAUGCGAGGGGCGGACAGCAGCAGGUCUGCCGUGAUUGUGCUCUGCCUGCUGGGAUGCGAUUUAUGGACGGCGGCCGCUAAAACACUGCAGGAGAACAGCGAUGCCAAAGAAGUGGCGCUGAAGGUUCACCUGAGUGACGCUAGCACUCAUCAGCCUCUCUCUGGCGUCACCGUGGAGAUCUUCACUAACCACACCCCUGUUGCCUCGGAUAUCUCUGGUGCCGAUGGCAACGCCUUCAUCAGGUUCCCCUAUCGCCUUGGCGAUCUUCUUGUAGUCACGGCAACCAAGCGUGGCUACGUACCCAACUCCAUUCCAUGGCUACCAAGCAGGCUACCUGUCUUCUCAUCUCUCAGUCUGGAUCUGCUUCCUGAGAGGGCUGCUACUCUGAUGGUGUAUGAUGACGUGGUGCAGAUUGUCUCUGGAUAUCAAGGUUCAAAGCUGCAGCCAUCGGUGCAGUUCCAGAGAAGAGCAUUGAGUCUUCCUUCUAAUGCAACCUACACCAACCUAACCGCCUUCCUCACUGUGAGCAGUUCUACACAAGACACGCAGUACUUCCCCUACCUGCAGGGGCUUCAUCCCAACUACACAGGCAGUGAUCGAAAGUUUGAGUUAACUCCUAUAGCUGCUAUCAGUGUCCAUCUUUUGGGCAGCGAUGGGGCGGAGCUUCACGUCAGUGAGCCAAUCAGUGUGAGCAUCCCUCUUCCAGCAAACAGUGGAUUGAAAGAGAAUGAUCACAUUCCUGCCUGGAGGUUUGACCCUAAACUAGGGGCCUGGUUGAAGAGCAGUCUGGGAUACAUCCAGAGAGAGGGGAAGCAGCUAACUCUCACAUACAUUGCCCCUCAGCUUGGCUAUUGGGUCGCAGCCAUGUCUCCCAUAAACACCGGUCCAGUGGUGGCGAAGGACAUUAGCACUUAUCACACAGUCUUCCUGCUGGCCAUACUAGGAGGAAUGGCCCUGAUACUGCUCUUCCUGCUAUGCCUGCUGCUCUACUAUUGCAGGAGGAAGUGUACCCGCUUGCGGCCUGCCCACAGGAAGUUCACUCUGUCCUCUGCUUUGGAUGGCUCUAAACGAGACCAGGCUACUUCCAUGUCCCACCUGAACCUCAUCAGUGAGACUCACCUAGACCACAGUGGGGCAGAGCCGGACAUGCACACGCCUAUGCUUAAACCCACCCCCUACGACUCCUCCACCAAUGAGCUUGCAGCUUCACAUGGCGAGCUCCAUAGCCGGGGAUCCAACCACUAUAAACACUCAGGAGAUAUUUCCCCUCAAAUCAGCUUGUUCAAACAAUCCUCCGAGGGUUACGAUUCCCCGGCAGGACGCGGGGAGUAUCGGCGAAGCUAUACGUCUAUCACGACUUCAUCUGUCCAUCCCCUCCACAUGUCCGUCUCAUCCUCAUCCCCCCACCCGUUGCAUCACACCACCUCUGCGGGACGUCUCUCUUCGGAGAGUAAAUCGAGCCUACGAGAUCCCCGUCUCUCUCCCGUUUCAGCUGCAAGUCCCACUGGAUCCCCAGAACGGGAGCAAGGAAUCGAGCGGAGGGCAGCUGAAUACAUGCUGUCCCGCUCUGUAGACCAUUUGGAGCGUCCCACCCCACUUCCCCGACCUGGAGCCUUGCUCUGCUGCACCUCCGAAUUGCAAGUCAACCACGGGGAAGAGACGUACCGCAAGGCUCGGCCCACCCUCGUUAUUCCCGCCCACUACAUGCGACUUCCAGGGACACACCCUCUGUCGGGCCAGGCGCUGCUUUUGCAGUCGGACGAACAGAGUGAAUUGGAAAGCAUUCAGGCGGAGCUCAGUGCGUGUCAUCAGCCCCAGGGCCAAGUACCGCAUCCAUGGGGCAAAGGAGAGCAAGAAGGUGGGCCACAAGGGACGGGGGACAACCGAGGCGGAGGAGCGGAGGAGUGGACGCUGCAGACAGCUGCUCUUCCUGCCGAUCUCUCCAUCCCCAACUCUCUCAGUCAGGCGGGCCUGGACGUAGUGCAGAUGAACGGAGAAGAUCAGCUUUUGGCCGAAAAGACUUUGAUGGAACUCAGGGGAGGAAAGCCACUCCCCCACCCCAGAGCUUGGUUCGUGUCACUGGACGGCCGCUCCAACGCGCACAUCCGCCAUUCCUACAUCGACCUGCAGAGGGCAGGAUGUAACAGCAGUUGUGUCGGAAGCAAUGACGCCAGUCUGGACUCUGGGGUUGAUAUGAGCGACAUCACACCAGGGCGGCGUGUUCGUGAUAAAAUCAGGGUUAAAGCUCAAGCUGUGGCUCAGCCCACAGUGCCGGUGGUUGGAUAUACGCCGCUAGUGUUUGUAGAGGAUUCAAAUGCUAAUGCAGAGAGCAGUGGUAGCCCCACACCAGUCUGCAGCCCUGAAGAACACUCUCUUGGGGGUUUAUUGCAGGAAAAAGAGAGGGAGGAGGAAGAUGAAGGGACUUUGUCGCCCCCGACACCUCCACCUGAGCUUCCUUCACCACCUCCUCUCCCUGAUCCUGUGGUUGAGACAGCAGAGGAGACGGGGACAGAUAGCGAGGUUUUUAGGACUGAGGAGACUCAAAUGCACAUGAGCAGCAGCCGGCCAGACAACCUGGUUGUGCCUGAUGAAGGUGGUGAAGACGAGAACAAGAAGAGUCCGUGGCAAAAAAGAGAGGAGCGACCAUUACUGGCCUUUAACCUAAAAUGACAUGUAUUUUAAAGGGGUAGUUUACCCAAAAAUAAAAAUUCAUCAUUUGCUCACACUCAUGUCGUUCCAAACCUGUAUGACUUUCUUUAUUCUGCGGGACACAAACUUAGUUCACUUUAAAAUGAAAAUUUC